AACACUGAUUCUCAAGCGGAGUCAAUUUGGCCCCUGCACGUCCGUAUAAGAUUCUUGGGGGUCUACAUAAUAAAAUAGUAAAUUGCGAUCCAAAAUAGUAUUUUAAGGUUAUUUGAAAAAUUUUUGCUUUACAUAAAGGUAUUGUUAUGUAUUGUAAGAAACAAGUUUCUUUCUCUAACGCUUUAUAUAAUUAAACAUUUACAAAUCAAUCUAUGGGAAAACAAAUUAGGAAUUUUGAACAAGUUUUUAAGCACCGAAUGGUUAAGGCGUGCACUAAAUCUAAAUGAUUAUCAAAAUGGUUCAUAGAUUUAAAAAAUAGUUGAGAACCCCUUCUUUAGAGUGUGCUUCUUUUUCGGAUAUUUGAUUCAUUUCACGAUAUAUAUAUAUAUACACACACACACACAUAGUGACAGACAGACAGCAAGACUUAAUUCGUUUCGUCGUUUCCGUUUCCGAGUCUCUUUUUUAAAAAUUUCUUUGUUAUCAAAACAAAAUUUCAUACAACGAAAAUACCAUGUUAUGAUUUGUCUUUUGAGUUAUUGGAAGGACGUUUAUUGUAAUUUAAACGAUCUCACCGAAAACACUGGAUUUUAUAUCGAUAACAGAAUAUCAAAUGACAUUGGCAUCAAAGAAUUGGUUGCAUCGAGGUACAUCAUCUUUUAAAGACUAAAAGAAAAUGCUCUUCAUAUAACGAAUCUUUGGUGUCUAUUAGUAUCGAUAUCUAAAAAGAACAGAAACACGGAAAACACCUGUAUAUUGUAGAAAAGAGGAGGGAAACUAUGGAAGGAAAAUUAUGUAAUAACACGUCUGUAAAGACUGAUGUUGUUUGUGAUUUAAAGGAAGAGGAAGGAGAAUCAUUGUACCAGUGUGAUGUCUGUGAUGAAGCAUUCUCUGAAAGAGAUAGCUUGACUAGGCAUGAAUGUAUUCAUGCAGGAGAUAAGCCAUAUUCCUGUGAUAUUUGUGGAAAAUCAUUCCGUCGAAAUUCCCACUUAACAAGACACAAACUCACUCAUACAGGCUAUAAAGCCUAUCGCUGCAAUAUCUGUGGUAAAGCAGUAACUGCAAAAUCCAGCCUAAAUAAGCACAUGCGUAUUCAUACUGGAGAGAAGGUAUAUUGCUGUGACAUCUGUGGUAAGUCAUUCUCUGAUAACAAUGUUGCAACUGAACACAGGUAUACUCAUACAGGCAAAAAACCAUAUGAGUGUGAUAUCUGUGGCCAAUCCUUUUCUAAAGUAGGGUAUUUAGCUAAUCACAAACGCAUUCAUACGGGAGAGAAGCCACAUGAGUGUGAUAUCUGCGGGAAAGCAUUCUCUCAAAAGGGAGACUUAAAUGUUCAUAAACGUAUUCAUACAGGAGAAAAGCUGUAUCAUUGUGAUAUCUGUGGUAAAUCAUUUCUGAAGAACAACAGUCUAACUAUACAUAAACGUGUUCAUACAGGAGAGAAACCAUUUAAGUGUGAUAUCUGUGAUAAAUCUUUCACACAAGUUAGUACCUUAACUAAACACAGACGUGUUCAUACAGGAGAGAAGCCAUACCAGUGUGAUAUCUGUGGUAAAUCAUUCACCCAAAACCAGGGAUUAACUAUGCACAAACACAUUCAUACAGGAGAGAAGCCAUUUCAUUGCAAUAUCUGUGGUCAGGUAUUCGCUCAGGGCUCUGGUUUAAAUCGACACAAACGUGUUCAUACAGGAAAGAAGCCACAUCACUGUGAUAUAUGUGGUAAAUCAUUUUCUCAUAAUAAUUCUUUAAAAACUCACAAACGCACUCAUACAGGAGAGAAACCAUAUCACUGUGAUGUCUGUGGUAAAACAUUUUCUCGUAUAAAUUCAUUAACUAGUCACAAACGCAUUCACACAGGAGAGAAACCAUAUUGUUGUGACACCUGUGGUAAAUCAUUCUCUGUUGGUAGUAUUUUAAAUAAACACAAACGCAUUCACACUGGAGAGAAACCAUAUAAUUGCAAUAUUUGUGGUAAAUCAUUCACUUAUAUUCAGUGUUUAAAAAUUCACAAACAAGUAACUUGGUUAAGCACAAGCACACCCAUGCAGGUGAAAGCCACGUUGUGA